CAAUUCGUUUCGAAGUAAAGACAACGCAUGGUGGCGCUGCAGGCUAAGGCUUCAAAAAAAAAAGGCAACGAAGCCCAUGAAAAGCUACGAGCUACUUCAGAGACCUCUUUCAGCCUAAGGGGAAAGUCCGUUAGCAGAGCACGGACCAGUUUCUCCGGAGAAUGCUAUUCUCCUACAUUUCCGGACAAGUUAUCAACGGGCAGAUCGAUCACUGCCUCCGUCCCAUCGCUCCCUGAAGUAGCACUGACUCCAAUUCCUUGAAAAGGGGGUGUGCAGAAGUAAAGAUGGAGCCUAGAGGAGAGCGCUUUCCUGAACAAAGGCAAGUCCUGAUUCUCCUUCUUUUACUGGAAUUGGCUCUGGCAGGCUGGGAACCCCGUCGCUAUUCUGUGAUGGAGGAAACAGAGAGAGGUUCUUUUGUGGCUAACCUGGCCAAUGACCUAGGGCUGGGAGUGGGGGAGCUAGCAGAGCGGGGAGCCCGGGUAGUUUCUGAGGAUAACGAACAAGGCUUGCAGCUGGAUCUGCAGACCGGGCAGUUGAUAUUAAAUGAGAAGCUGGACCGGGAGAAGCUGUGUGGCCCCACCGAGCCCUGUAUAAUGCACUUCCAAGUGUUACUGAAAAAACCUUUGGAAGUAUUUCGAGCUGAACUACUAGUGAGAGACAUAAAUGAUCAUUCUCCUGAGUUUCCUGAAAGAGAAAUGACCCUGAAAAUCCCAGAAACUAGCUCCCUUGGGACUGUGUUUCCUCUGAAAAAAGCUCGGGACUUGGACGUGGGCAGCAACAACGUUCAAAACUACAAUAUUUCUCCCAAUUCUCAUUUCCAUGUUUCCACUCGCACCCAAGGGGAUGGCAGGAAAUACCCAGAGCUGGUGCUGGACACAGAACUGGAUCGCGAGGAGCAGGCCGAGCUCAGAUUAACCUUGACAGCGGUGGACGGUGGCUCUCCACCCCGAUCUGGCACUGUCCAGAUCCUCAUCUUGGUCUUGGACGUCAAUGACAAUGCCCCGGAGUUUGCGCAGGCGCUCUACGAGGUGCAGGUCCCAGAGAACAGCCCAGUAGGCUCCCUAGUUGUCAAGGUCUCUGCUAGGGAUUUAGACACUGGGACAAAUGGAGAGAUAUCAUACUCCGUUUCUUACAGCUCUCAGGAGAUAAACAAACCUUUUGAGCUAAGCAGCCUUUCAGGAGAAAUUCGACUAAUUAAAAAACUAGAUUUUGAGACAAUGUCCUCAUAUGAUCUAGAUAUAGAGGCAUCUGAUGGUGGGGGACUUUCUGGAAAAUGCUCUGUCUCUGUUAAGGUGCUAGAUGUUAACGAUAACUUCCCAGAACUCAGUAUUUCAUCACUUACCAGCCCUAUUCCCGAGAAUUCUCCAGAGACAGAAGUGGCCCUGUUUAGGAUUCGAGACCGAGACUCUGGGGAAAAUGGAAAAAUGAUUUGCUCAAUUCAGGAUGGUGUUCCUUUUAAGCUAAAACCUUCUGUUGAGAAUUUCUACAGGCUGGUAACAGAAGGGGCGCUGGACAGAGAGACCAGAGCCCAGUACAACAUCACCAUCACCAUCACAGACUUGGGGACCCCAAGGCUGAAAACCGAGCACAGCAUAACCGUGCUGGUCUCCGACGUCAAUGACAACGCCCCCGCCUUCACCCAAACCUCCUACACCCUGUUCGUCCGCGAGAACAACAGCCCCGCCCUGCACAUUGGCAGCGUCAGCGCCACAGACAGAGACUCAGGCACCAACGCCCAGGUCACCUACUCGCUGCUGCCACCCCAGGACCCGCACCUGCCCCUCGCCUCCCUGGUCUCCAUCAACACAGACAACGGCCACCUGUUCGCCCUCCGAUCGCUGGUCAAGGACAAUGGCGAGCCUCCGCGCUCGGCCACCGCCACGUUGCACGUGCUCCUGGUGGACGGCUUCUCCCAGCCCUACCUGCCUCUCCCUGAGGCGGCCCCGGCCCAGGCCCAGGCCGACUCGCUUACCGUCUACCUGGUGGUGGCGUUGGCCUCGGUGUCGUCGCUCUUCCUCUUGUCGAUGCUCCUGUUCGUGGCGGUGCGGCUGUGCAGGAGGAGCAGGGCGGCCUCGGUGGGUCGCUGCUCAGUGCCCGAGGGCCACUUUCCAGGGCAUCUGGUGGACGUGAGCGGCACCGGGACCCUGUCCCAGAGUUAUCAGUAUGAGGUGUGUCUGACUGGAGGCUCUGAAAGUAAUGAUUUCAAGUUCUUGAAGCCUAUAUUACCCAAUAUUCUGAGCCAGGACUCUAGGAGGAAAUCAGAAUAUCUAGAAUAGUGUAGAUAUCUGAAGCUUUCCUAUCGUCUGCUAAUUUUGUCUUCCUCACUUUUCACCUUAGUUUUUUUAACACUUUAGUAAUCUUUAAUUCUACUUUUUAAAAAAAUUUCUGCUAUUGUCUUUAGUAAUGUUACUUAUUUCCUUGGCCUGGUUGUUAAUUAGUUUUCAAAUUAUUGUAUUAUUAUAAAUAUUUUAUAUCAGGAAAUUUCAUAUUUCUGAAUAAAUUAAUAGUAUUCCCAUAUCCCAAAGGGUAAUAUGAAAGUUAACCCCACCUAAUAAACAUAACUCUAAUUUUGAAAGUAUCUGUCACACUAUAUGACACUACAUAAGAAUAUGAUUUUUGAAGUCAUAUUUUAAAGUUUUUUUAAUAGUUUUUCUUAUUUACACAGGUCUGAUUUUUUGAUAAAAGCUCGGGGUGUAAUCAUUUCAUAUUUAUCCACGUGUAAUUUAUUCCAAGCUUCAUAUUUGGAGUAUUGUUUUUUCCAAUAGGGAGCAACAUGGAUAAUUUUAAGCUACUGUUUUCAAGAUCACACUUAUAAGCGUUAGACUUUCAUUCUAAAACACAUGUCAUCUCAUAAAAAUAUAUCUGCAUAAUGUAUUCUUUCUCAUGUAAAUUAACAUAGAAAAGACUGAUGGUUCUUUCUUAUCUCUAUCUAACAUUAUGAUCCUAUCGGGGGGCUGGACAGGCUUUCUAAUACCCACAUUUCCUGUGUUUAAGGUGUUCCUAUAAGGCUAAUAGACACUAGGACCAACUAAUUCAUGUCCUGCAAUUUCCUCUUACCACAGCAGGAAAAUCUUAAUUGAGUCCCAAAUUCUGGGCUUAGAGGAGCUUCCGAUGGUACAGAAUGCCAGCAUCUACUUGUCUUUGGAUGGUGACAUUAUUCUGAUUCAUAAUGAAUUUGAAAGAAAUUACAUUGUAGAACUAAUAUUAGUUAACCAAACAAAAUGUAUUAAAGGAUAUGUUGGUGAAGGAGUUAAAUUAUUUGAGGAAAAACAUCUGCUCUCUUGUCAGGACUUUUCUGUCUCCAGGAGCUUCUCAACUUUGCAGAUACUCUAGAAUCAUAUUGCAUGCAAAAUAAUGACUGCCAAGAUGUUCCUGCCCUAAUCCCCAGAACCUAUGAAUAUGUUACAUUGCAAAGAAAUUAAGGUUCAAACGGAAUUAAGGUUGCCAGUCAGCUAAACUUAAAAUUGGGAGACUCUCCUAGAUAAUCUGGGUGGGUCUAUUUCAAUCAGUGGAAAGGCCAUAAAAGCAGAAUUGAGUCUUCCCUGAGAUGAAAAAGAAAUUUCAUUUAAGGACAGCAGCUUCAGCUUAUGCCCCAGAGUUCCAACCUGCCCCUCCUAACUGCCUGCUGUACAGAUUUUGGACUUGUCUAGGCACCUUUCACAACUGAACAAGUCACUUCCUUGCAAUAAAUUGAUUAC